AAAGCCCUUCUAGUCCCAAUGUCUAUAAGUACUUGCACUUCCAUGGCACUGAAGAGUGGUGAAGAGUCCAUCCUCCUGGCACUGGUGGACCCUGGCUCACGGUGAUUUGAUCUUCUCUUCAGAUCUUCCUGAGUGGAACUUCGAUGGCUCCAGCACCUUCCAAGCUGAAGGCUCCAACAGCGACAUGUACCUGCGACCUGCUGCCAUGUUUCGGGACCCUUUUCGCAAGGAUCCCAACAAAUUAGUUCUCUGUGAGGUCUUCAAAUACAACCGCCAGUCUGCAGAGACAAAUCUCCGGCACACCUGUAGGCGGAUUAUGGAUAUGGUGUCCAACCAGCACCCCUGGUUUGGGAUGGAGCAGGAGUACACCCUUCUGGGAACAGAUGGUCAUCCGUUUGGCUGGCCUUCCAAUGGCUUCCCUGGACCCCAAGGUCCAUACUACUGCGGUGUAGGAGCUGACAAAGCCUACGGCAGAGACAUUGUGGAGGCCCACUACCGAGCGUGCCUGUAUGCUGGUGUGAAAAUUGGAGGAACCAAUGCAGAAGUUAUGCCAGCCCAGUGGGAGUUCCAGGUGGGACCGUGCGAAGGGAUUGAGAUGGGGGAUCACCUCUGGAUAGCACGCUUCAUCCUCCACCGGGUCUGUGAAGAUUUUGGUGUCAUCGUGUCCUUCGAUCCCAAACCCAUCCCUGGGAACUGGAACGGUGCUGGCUGUCACACCAACUUCAGCACCAAGAACAUGAGGGAAGACGGGGGACUCAAGCACAUUGAGGAGGCCAUCGAGAAACUGAGCAAGCGUCACCAGUACCACAUCCGUGCCUAUGACCCCAAAGGAGGGCUGGACAACGCCCGGCGCCUGACGGGCUUCCAUGAGACAUCCAACAUCCAUGAGUUCUCCGCCGGCGUGGCCAACCGCGGCGCCAGCAUCCGCAUCCCACGCAACGUGGGCCAUGAGAAGAAAGGUUACUUUGAGGACCGCCGGCCUUCAGCCAACUGCGAUCCCUAUGCUGUGACGGAGGCCCUCGUCCGUACGUGUCUCCUCAACGAAACUGGGGAUGAGCCUUUUGAGUACAAGAACUAAGUGGAAUCAUGCCCGCAGACACCGCCUUCCCCCCAUGCUUCCCACACCCCUAAACUUCCCUUCUAGUUGUAAUCCUGAGGGUACAAGAUAACACACUUCGUGUCUCA